GGAGCGGAGUGUGUUCAGAGAGCAGCAGAGAAGUGAAGGGGACCGACCGUGGCUGCCGAGCCUUGUGUCGCUGUCAGAGAGGGUUAAACCCGGAGCAGAGGAGCUGCAGAGGAGGGGAGGGACGGCCCGGGGCCUUGGCUCUAAAUCCAGCAACAUUUGAAUCACAAUACAGCCGGUUUGGGGUGAAAGGGGCUCGGCUGGCUGCGCUGCUCUGCGGGGGAUGUGCGCACACAAUGGGAGAAGACUCUCUGGCACCGUCCGGGACUCUGCGGUGGAAUAAUAUUUACCUCUGUGUUGUUGUGUGUUUGUAAUGGAGACGCGGACUCUGACGGUCCAGAGCUGUCAGUGGAGCUAAGGACUUCUCUGCCUGGUAGUUAAGUGCUUCUGCAUGCCGGCGGUCGCGGAGAGAGAGCAGUGUUUGUUGCCAGUUUUAAAUUCCGCUGGGAUGAAUGCGGAAUGUAUUUCCUGCGUCGAAGUCCGCGCUGUUUGCACAUCUGGUUAUAGCGUUUUUUCUCUGGUGCUGUUGAACCCGUUUUAUCCGUGUGUGAAGGAGUUGGAUCACACAUUCACUGUUGGAUUUUAACCGUCACUCUGCAGACCUUAGUGUGUAGGAAACGGUAACUGUAUAUAUAUAUAAAUAUAUAUUUAAAUAUAUAUACCUAUAUAGAUAAUUUCGUGUUUUUUAAGUGCAAUCCAGCCACAUUAAAGUUGCUUUAGAUCACUUUAAAGAGUGUUAGUGAUGUACCUGCUGGACAGUAACUGCACUGAGAGGAUGGAGAGGGGAACGCCUCAGAGGAAAACAGUCUACCGGAUCUCCCUCACCUUGGUGAAGAGGGAGAGUUUAGAUGAUGAUGAUGAUGCUCCUCAGCGGCCCAAGGUGAGUGGCCCGGUGGAUAUCCAGCGCAGCGGGCUGCUGGAGCAGCUGAAGGAAGUGGAGGACGAGUCGGACGACUUCUCGUCUUCUCACGGCUAUAUGAGGAACUUCAGGACGUUCAGCACGGGGAAGCUGGAGCUGGGGAGGCUGAAGCUGUCCAGGAAGCUUCACCUGCAGAAAGAGCUGAAGGAAAAGGCCGCCAGCCCGGUGGCAGAGCACGCCGCAGAGGACACGGGGAGUCCGGGGAACACUCGACAGGAAACAGAGGAUCCAGACGCACUUAAAAAGGAUAUUUGCACUGAAACGCCACCGACAGAUGUGGGGAACAGCAGCAUCGACAAGAAGAAACGACUCCUGAAAGCUAAGAGCGUGGAGGAGCGCAGCUCUGAUGCUCCUCUGAGCGCAGACGGGAAAAUGCCUCACUCCAAAAGCAACGGGAAAGCCGCCAAAGCUUCUUCGCCCGAGACUCCGCCUCUGAAGCGGGCGCCCGGUUUGCUUCGUCGCAGCUUCAGCUUCAGACACUGGAGCGGGGGCGAGCUGCUGCGUCUGCGGGCGCUCUCCAAGGACAAACACCACAGCAGCUCCGGCUGUAUCAGCCGUGACGAAAAGGACAAGAAGGACGAAAAGGACGAGAAGGACGAAAAGGACGCCGGCGGCGAGAAGGACGCAGAAGCUCCUGUUGCGUCAGCUGCAUCUCGCCUCGACCUCACCAGACAGAAGAGCCGGACUCUGGAGGUCGGAGCCGUCCUGAACAAGACGGACUCCAUGUCGGAGCUGAGCCGCUGGGAGAGAGCGCGAGGCAACAAGAACCGGACGCUGGACAACAGCGACCUGCUUCGGCUGGCUGACGAGAAGGACGCAUCAGAAGGAGGCUUCAUGCUGAGGGGAGGAGGAGGGCGCUCCAGCGAGAGGCGUCUGGUUCGCUUCUUCAGCGGGAUCUUCUCCAGGAGGGACGGGGCGGCCACUUCCACUCCGCUGGGAAGCCCCGGCAACAACCGAUCCCUGCGGAGGAGCAGGAGGGCGGUGCUGACCCAGUCCAGCACCGAGAGCAUGAACGGAGGCAGCUCUGAAGAUGCGUUUGUGAACAGUCAGGAGUGGACGCUGAGUCGGAGCGUACCAGAACUGAAAGUGGGCAUUGUGGGUAACCUGGCCAGCGGUAAGUCAGCGCUGGUCCACAGGUACCUGACGGGAACAUACGUGCAGGAAGAGUCACCUGAAGCUGACGUGGACGCAGGCGGACGCUUCAAGAAGGAGAUCGUGGUCGACGGGCAGAGUCACCUGCUGCUCAUCAGAGAUGAAGGAGGCCCCCCCGAGGCUCAGUUUGCGUUGUGGGUGGACGCCGUGAUCUUCGUCUUCAGUCUGGAGGACGAGAUCAGCUUCCAGACGGUUUAUCACUACUUCAGCCGCCUCGCCAACUUCAGGAACACCGCCGACCUGCCACUGGUCCUGGUUGGCACGCAAGACGCCAUCAGCUCAGCCAACCCGAGAGUGAUCGACGACAGCCGGGCGAGGAAGCUCUCCAACGACCUCAAACGCUGCACCUACUACGAAACGUGCGCCACCUACGGCCUCAACGUGGAGCGAGUCUUCCAGGACGUCGCCCAGAAGAUCGUGGCCACCAGGAAGAAGCAGCAGCUGUCCAUCGGGCCGUGCAAGUCGCUGCCCAACUCGCCGAGUCACACGUCGGUCUGCGCCACGCAGGUGGCCGCCGUCCACAUCAGCCAGACAAGUAACGGCGGCGGCAGUUUGAGCGACUACUCUUCGUCGGUGCCGUCCACGCCCAGCACCAGCCAGAAGGAGCUCCGCAUCGACGUGCCGCAGCCCACCAACACGCCCACGCCCGUCCGCAAGCAGUCCAAACGCCGCUCCAACCUCUUCACCUCGAGGAAGGCGAGCGAGCCGGACAAGGACAAGAAAGGCCUGGAGGCUCGAGCUGACAGCAUCGGCAGCGGGCGCGCCAUCCCCAUCAAACAGGGCAUGCUGCUGAAGAGAAGCGGUAAAUCCCUCAACAAGGAGUGGAAGAAGAAGUACGUGACGCUGUGUGACAACGGACUGCUCACCUACCACCCCAGCCUGCAUGACUACAUGCAGAACGUGCACGGUAAGGAGAUCGACCUGCUGAGGACCACGGUGAAGGUGCCAGGGAAGAGGCCGCCACGCGCCGUGUCCACCUGCGCCGCACCGGCCCCCAAAACCAACGGCCUGGCCAAGGACAUGAGCAGCCUGCAGCUUGGACAGACUCCAGGUUCGGUGUCUAGCAGCACGUCUGCGUCUCAGAUGGCGAGCGGCGUCAGCUUGGUGUCUUUCAACAGCCGCGGUCUGGAGGGGAUGCACCAGCGCUCCUACUCCGUCUCCAGCGCCGACCAGUGGACCGACGCCACCGUCAUCGCCAACUCCGGAGUCAGCACAGACACAGGUCUGGGCGACUCGGUGUGCUCCAGUCCCAGUAUCUCCAGCACCACCAGUCCCAAGAUGGAGCCGCCGCCCUCGCCGCACGCCAACCGCAAGAAGCAUCGCCGGAAGAAGAGCACCAGCAACUUUAAAGCCGACGGCCUCUCUGGUACUGCGGAAGCCAAACGUAAAGCGUGGAAACUAAAUCGUGUUGGUAGCCUUCGCAGCAUUUACGCCAACAGUCUGCAGAACUCAGAAGAACAAGAGGAGAACUUUGAGUUCACCAUCGUGUCGCUGACGGGCCAGACGUGGCACUUUGAAGCCACUUCGUACGAGGAGCGGGACGCCUGGGUUCAGGUCAUCGAGAGCCAGAUCCUCGCCAGCCUGCAGUCCUGCGAGAGCAGCAAGAACAAGUCUCGUCUGACGAGCCAGACGGAGGCGCUGGCUCUGCAGUCCAUCAGAAGUAUCCGUGGAAACGGUCGCUGUGCCGACUGUGAAGCACAGAACCCGGACUGGGCCAGUCUGAACCUCGGGGCCCUGAUCUGCAUCGAGUGUUCGGGGAUCCACAGGAACCUGGGGACGCACCUGUCCCGCGUCCGCUCCCUGGACCUGGACGAGUGGCCGCUGGAGCUCAUCAAGGUCAUGUCGGCCAUCGGCAACGAGCUGGCCAACAGCGUGUGGGAGGCCAACGCACAGGGACGCCUCAAACCGGCGCCGGACGCCAGCAGGGAGGAGCGUGAGCGCUGGAUCCGGGCGAAGUACGAGCAGCGUCUGUUUGUGGCGUCGCUGCCCGGCACGGAGCUGUCUCUGGGCCAGCAGCUGCUGCGAGCGACGGCCGAGGAGGACCUGCGCUCCGUCGUGCUGCUGCUCGCCCACGGGUCCCGGCAGGAAGUCAACGAGACCUGCGGCGACGGAGAUGGACGCAACGCGUUGCACCUCGCCAGCCGCAAGGGCAACGUGGUCGUCACGCAGCUCCUCAUCUGGUACGGCGUGGAUCUGAUGGCGAGGGAUGCCCACGGCAACAGUGCGAUGGCGUACGCCCGGCAGGCCAGCAGUCAGGAGUGCGUGGACACGCUGGCUCAGUACGGCUGCCCCGACGAGCGCUACCCGCUCAUGGCCACGCCCAACCUGUCGCGCCGAAACACCAACCGCAACAACAGCUGCAGCAGCACCGGCAGCGCCGCGCUCAUCUGACUGGCACGCCUCAACGGCGUCCGACUCGCCCUGACAGACAAAAUCCCGCUUUGGGAGAGCUUAUAUUUUGGGAACCACUUCCUGUUGUGAUUCAUUCAUCUCACCUGACGACCACCACUCGCUAAGACGCUGCGUCCGUGGGAAAACCCCAAAGCAUCGUGGGAAAACUGAACGAUGACGGCCGCUCUGACGCUCUAAAGACAUCAUACCUCAUCACGCACGACUUUAAUUUAACACUACGUGAAAAGUUCCCCCCCUCAACAAAACUUAACCGUGAAAGUAAAAAAAAUCACUUUGGCUUUUCAGAAAUCUGUCUCGCCAAAAACAUAUCGUCGUCCUCGGCGAGCACGAAACGAAGAAAACUGUGAUAUCACGAAGGAAACGAGAGCGUGGGAGUCUUCGUAGCAUGCCCACAUCAUCAUCAUCAUCCUCGUCAUCGUCACUCGAGGACCCC